GCUGAACUUUUGAAAACAGCGAAACAUGUCACUUCCUGUGACGUUACAUCAGCUGUUGUUAACAGAACAUCGGAGUGACGUGAUUGACUAUUUAAUCCGUAUAUUCGACGUUCAACUGUCUAACCUGACAAAUUUGCUAAUCUGUACCAGAAACUGUCUUGGAAUAUUUGGCUGAUUCCUGUUUGACCAACAAAAAGACAACGUUGUCCUUGUCUCCUGCUGUGUGUGACAUCUGGUGUGGAGCACCCUUUAUACUACACACUUACAGCAGAAACACAAGGAAAGUAUUGAGCAUACAGACCUCAUGGGCGGGGCAUGGUCAUUGGCCAACCUUUUUUUAUAUAUAUAAAACAUUUAUUGUAAUAGGGUGAUUUUGGGCCUGUUUUUUUAUGUUUUUAAUUUUUAGAACAAAUGGAGUUUGAUGAAGUUGCAGUUUAUUUCUCCUUGGAGGAGUGGGGCUGUUUAACUGAGGAACAGAAGGAGCUUUAUAAGGAUGUGAUGAUGGAGAAUUACCGGACCCUAAGGUCUCUAGGAUUCGCUCUUGUGAAGCCGUUACUUGUUACAAAGAUUGAGCGCAAAGAGGAGCCGUAUGUGCACCAAUUUCCUAUUACCAAAGAUAAAUCCACGAUCUGGGAUGUUCCUAUUCAAGGCCAGAGUACAGAUGUUUCCUUCAAUCUUUUUCAAGAUGAAAGAAGUUGUAUGAGAUAUUCAUGUUCUGAAUGUGGGAAACAUUUUUACAAGAAAUCAAAUCUACGUAAACAUAAAAAAAUUCAUACAGGAGACAAACCGUUUACUUGUUUUGAAUGCGGAAAAUGUUUUCUCAGGAGCUCAGAUUUUCAUAAGCAUGUAAAAAUCCAUACAGGGGAGAAAUCAUUUGCAUGUUCGGAAUGUGGAAAAUGUUUUCUUAGGAAAUCUGAUGUAAGUAAACAUCAGGAAAUUCAUACGGUAGAUAAAAUAUUUUCAUGUUCAGAAUGUGGGAAAUGUUUUACAAGGUAUCAAAAUGUUAUUAAACAUCAGAAAACUCAUACAGGAGUAAAAGCAUAUUCGUGUUCUGAAUGUGGGAGUUUGUUUACCAGGAAGUCUAGUCUUUUUAUACAUUGGAAAAUCCAUACAGGAGAUAAAGAAUUUUCAUGCUCUGAAUGUGGAAAAUGUUUUCUCAGGAAAUCUAGUCUUAAUACGCAUCAGAAAGUUCAUACAGGAGAUAAAGAUUUUUCUUGUUAUGAAUGUAAGAAAUGUUUUCUUAGGAAAUCAGAUCUUAAUACACAUCUGAAAAUUCAUACAGGAGAGAAAUCAUUUUCAUGUUCUGAAUGUGGAAAAUCUUUUAACAGGCAAUCAAAUCUUAUUAGACAUCGAAAAAUUCAUUCUGGGGAGAAACCAUUCACAUGUUCUGAAUGUGGAAAGUGUUUUGUCAGGAAAUCGGGUCUUGAUGCACAUAAGAAAAUUCAUACAAGAGAUAAAGCAUUUUCAGGUUCAUAAUGUGAGAAACUUUUCAGCCAGUAAUCAUAUCUCAUUAAAUUGUUCAGAGCAACAAACA